AUGCAAGCUGCAAUAUGCUUGCUCUAUUCGGCUGUCCGUACCGGCUCAGAUGACAUAAUCAUGAGCGCUGAACAUGCGCUUUUCCAUUUGUUACGUUGUGAUCCGAAAUUGCUCUAUGGUUGGUUGCAAUCCGUAGAACGCAUUGUGGAUGGUAUCAACUGUGGCCACAAUGGUGGCAGUAUUCUUAUGGACGCAGGAGAUAUUUCACCGUUGUUUUUGGAGGCGCCCCCUUCGUCGGGGGACUACAUGAGUCCAGCCACUAGUCCAUAUCCGUCCACCACAAAAUGUCUACAAAACUGUAUAACGAUGACAUCCAAUUACACCACUCCAGACCAUCAAAGUCAUAAUGAUUCCGGUUUCAACAGUGGUUUCUCGAGUCCGGCAGCGUUUUUUGAGAUGAAG